GGAGGUAUGACGUCCCGAGUAAAAUAAAACCCCUUGGCUGCAUUAACUGUAUCCAGCCCUCACUUAUAAACCUACUCUCAUCUAUAUCAGUUUAAACGGUGUGCUGGUGAAGAGUAUCACACAACUGCAACUUCGAGAAUUCUCUCUCAUUUUUCUUCCUGGACUUGCAUAAGAUUGACUGAAAAUGAGACUAAUGUUGUGCUGCAUCCUGUCUUUGGUUGUCAUGGCAACAGGCUUCCCGCAAGGGACGAUGGACAACUUCCAAGACCCUCUGAAUAUUGACACCCCAGACGACCAGGAUGACGGACAAGGUGCCAACGUCAACCCCCAGGGCAACCCUCAAGCUGGAAGCUCGUACUUCGUCCCCACUGAGGCAGAUAGCGCAAGCAGCUCCAGUAGCGAGGAGGAAGGGAGCGACACAGACAUGGGCUCUAGCGUGCCUGUCGGUAGCGUCCCCUCCGGUACGGCAGGCGCAGGCGGAAGUCCGGUCGUCGGUGCUGGUGCGGCGGGUAACGAAGCAGCCGGUGCAGGGGUACAGGGAGGCGGUGCGCAGGGUGGAGGGCAAGGGGGCGGUAACGCCGGAUCCACCGACCAGAACAGCGGUGAGCAGAAGCCAGGAGGCUCGCUGCAAGACGACCCAUCCUUCCUCUCCAAAAUCCAGGCACGACCUAAUGGCAAUACCCAGCUGCACACGGGAAGUGCUGGGCAAUCUGUGGGCAUUGCCAUCGGAGUGCUCGCCCUGGUGUCCGUGUCGACCGUCGGUAUCAUCUUCGCUAUCCGAAAGAAGAGAGACGGGUUUAUGAGGUUCUACACCCAGGCUAGCAGUGAGCUAUAGACCUAUAUUAAUGAACGCUAAUAAUCUCAAAACAAUGUUAACCAGACAUUAUUGACAUUCCUACAAGCUGUGCGUGCCUUUUUAACAACAACAUUUCAAUGAAAGCUUUAUAAUGCUGAGAAACUUUAAACAGUCUGCAAGAACGGAAAAAAGAAGACAAGAAAAAAAAAAUGCAAGAAACUUUUUGGAAGCUGCGCAGGAUGCCUUCAAAGAAAAUAAAGAUCGAAGCCAGUUUUUGGCAAAGCAACUUUUUUUAAUACCUGUAAAUAAUUUGAAAAAAAAAACUGAACUUAAAAAAAAGGACAACAAACCAUUACAGUAAAUGCUGCACUUAGGUCUAUCUCGUUAUUUUCAUUUUAUUCUUAUUUGUUGUUUCACUUGGAUUGAUUGAUUGAUCAUCGUGCGCUGCAACCAACUUCAGCUUUUUCUUAUUCCUAAAAAAAAAAAAAAAAAAAAAAAAUGUGAUGUACUAAAAUACGCUAAUUGUUUUGUACAGAGGAACGAUUUACAUAUUGUAUUUUUUUGUGCAGGAUACACAAAUAAAUUCUUGGCGUUGAACAUAAAUUAAC